UCCAUUUUGUUUAUUUUAUUCACAAUUGUUUACACCUGUUCAACCAUUUGAUAAAUUGUAAAUUGGACAAAAUUGGGUACCACUGUGACUUAUCGUUAAAUCAGUGGUGCUCAACUUAUUUAAUGAAAAAUAAAAUAUUGUUUUAACUUCGAUAAAUAAUUAUUCACUGAUUAUACAAAUAUUUUGUUACAAAUUUCAAAUAAAAUAGAAACAAAUAGAAAAUAACGAUAAUUAUUGAUACAUCCUGACAGUGAAAGUUUGAAUGUGUUGUAUGUUUAUUGUAGGUGGCAGUUAGUAGCAGCAUAAAAAUAAUCAUAAGUUCUGCAGAAGUAUUAAAACAUAAAAAUAAACAAGAUUUGUAUGUUAUUUAUUGUUGAAUUUAUUUAAUGGUGUACUAUUUCAAUUUUGUAUUGUCUUGAGAAAGAUUAAUGCUUUUGAAAUACUUAUGAAAAUUUAAUGUUAUCUGAAUUGUCAAAAGUUGAACUAUGACUAAUAAAACUGGUAAUGCAGGAGAAAUAGAUCCUGUUCAAGAAGAAUUGGUUGGUCGUGUACGUGAAGUUGGAAAUCAUGCAAUUUGGAGUUUAUCUAGUUGUAAACCUGGCUUUGGAGUAGAUCAGUUGCGUGAUGAUAUCACAGAAACUUAUUGGCAAUCGGAUGGGCAACUUCCACAUUUAGUAAAUAUACAAUUCAAAAGAAAAAUAACAAUACGUGAUAUAUGUAUUUAUACAGAUUAUAAAUUAGAUGAAAGUUAUACCCCCAGUAGAAUAAGUAUAAGAGCGGGAACAAAUUUUAAUGAUCUUCAAGAAGUAGAAGUUAUGGAUUUGAAUGAGCCAAGUGGUUGGGUUAUCAUUCCAAUAAAAGAUAUAAAUGACAGACCUAUUAGAACAUUUAUGAUACAGAUAGCUGUAAUAAGCAAUCAUCAAAAUGGAAGGGAUACGCACAUGAGACAAAUUAAAGUUCACAGCCCAACACAGGAUAUUCUUGGACCACCAGCUUCUUAUAUUCCAGGACAAUUUCUCACCAAUGAAUUCUUGCGUUAUGCUACUGUUAGAUGAAAGAAAAAAUCUCAUAUAUCACUCAUGGAUGUUUCAUGCUAUUCUGUUGUAUAUUAUUGUUAUUUUAAUAUUAAUAAAAUAUUUAUUAGAAAUUGAA